AUGAGCGACGACGGCGCCGACGAGUUGCAGACUAUGUUCGCAAUAUCCAACAGGUUGUUCCACUUAUUGCAGUUCAACGGUGCAUACCAGAUCCAGGAUCCAGAGGAGGACCGCAAGAACAAGGCCUCCCCGCCCGAUACCUGCUGUGUGCUCGCUGCUAUCGCUGUGGUACGGCACUUGGGCUCUACUGGCCAGCAUCGGUUUCAAAGCGUUGACAAUCCGCCAUCUUCAAUGGGUAUGGGUGUCUGGAGGUCAGAGGAACUGUUACUGCCGGUCCUCGCAACUCGUACAUCGAUGAGGCUGGCAGUCGCACUUGGCUCGACAGCUUUCGCAACUACGCUUUACGCGCAAGACUUCAAGGAUGACGAAGGCGAUCGCCUCACAAUCUUCCCUGGGGCUACACGCUUUGCCAUGAUGUUCAGCAUUCCCCUCUGGUCAUUUGCUUUGAGCUGUAUAUCUGUAAGAUAG